AUGGGUAGCGUUUUUUUGGACCUCUCCGUACAGUACGAUGGAACGGUUCGCGACUCUGGUGGUUCGGUGAUCCAGUUUCGCUACGGUGACGAUGGCCUUGACGUCUGCCAAUCGACUUUUCUGAAGCCUGAGGGCUUCCAUUUCUUUGCAGAGAAUGCAGAACUGCUGGCAGAGCGUUGGCGUUGCCCCUUAGAUCCUGAGCUCUACCGCAAACUGACCGAGCAAAAUCCCCUCUCUCCGGAACUUGCUCGAAAGGUAGAUGAAGUGGCCGUCAAACGACUCACUAUCUUACAGACAUCGCUUAGCGCCAAGAAGUUGGCCCACUUAAAGAAGCGCAGGGAUCGUGCUCAGCGAAAACUCACCGAAACUGCAUCUUUGAGCACUCUUUCGGAACCUCCCUGUACUAUGGCGGCGGAUCUACGAACCAUUGUUCCGCCUGGAGAGCCAGUGGGUCUAUUAGCGGCCCAGUCAGUGGGUGAGCCCUCUACCCAGAUGACGCUAAAUACCUUCCACUUUGCUGGUCGUGGUGAAAUGAACGUCACUCUGGGCAUUCCUCGCCUUCGGGAGGUGCUGAUGUCCGGUUCUGCGGUUAUCGCCACACCCUGCAUGGAGGUGCCUAUUCUACCCACUUCCGGGGCCAAAUCCAGGGCUGAGCACAUUGCCCGUGAGAUGUACAGGUUGCGUCUUGCUGAGGUUAUCAAAUUGCCCCUCAGCAUGGAGGUUGACUACUCGUCGGACUCAUGUUCGCUCACUUUUAAUCUUCUGCCUCCCUCGUCAUACCAGUCGCGCACUAAUGUCGGUGCCCGUCGCAUCAUUCACUUUUUUGAGCGCGUUCUCUUCGUCGACUUGAGCAAACGCCUGACGCAAGAGCUCAAAGAUCAAUGCAAAUCAAGCGAGAUUGCAACAUUUAACCUGAAGGCGUUGGCACGUCAGCAACAGCAACAGGCAGAGGGAAUGGAUGGAGGCGACGCGAACGAUGAACGUCGGACAACAGGUCGCGAUGAGUGGGGUGAGGACGACGGAGCGGAGGCAGUGCGCAGACGUCGACUUGAAGCCGAGGACGAGACUGGAGGAGAGAGAGCCGCAGAGGGUGGUGUAAACGCAGGCUGCGAGGCAAUUGAUGAGGACGACGAUGAGGUGGCGGAGCUUCGUGAAAUCGGUGUCGAUUUGGAGGCAGCUGCAGCCGCAUCGGAGGACCAAGAGGCCGCCGGUGGUGAUGACGAGAUAGACUCAUGGCAGGAUGUUGCUGGACCCUCCACCUCCAAUGCUGCUGCCGAACCGUGCCCUGAGAGGUCCACUUCCGUUUCCAAACCAGUCACUGAGAUCGGCGGCGCAGAGGUGGUCGAAUUGGAACGCGGUGAGGAAGACGAUGAAGACCAUGGCGAAGAACUUGUGCUCGACAGAGAUGUGGUCGAGGUGACGCAGAGCUCUGCAAAGGGCAUGGACUCAAGACGAAUCAAUUUUGUAAUGAGUCUACAUCAUCGCUUCACUGACUACGCUUACGAUACUAGUGAGACUCCGUCAUGGGUGAAAUUGACCAUAUCUAUGUUUGAUCCCAAAGACGGUCGUAUCUCAAUUGAUUUACGCACUCUGGUACAACGCAUUAUCUCAAAGAGUGUGGUCUCCUUUGUUCCAAAUAUUCGAAAAGCUUUCAUUGAUAAAACUGAUCCUAAGGAGUGGAUUCUGCGUGUUGAAGGUGAAAAUAUUAAGGUGCUCUAUCGCUAUGGUGAUGUGUUCGAUCUCAGUCGACUCUACACCAACCACGUACCAGCGAUGCAAGCUCACUUUGGUAUCGAGGCGGCUCGGGCCUCUCUGCAGCGCGAAAUCUCCAGUGUGUUCAGUCACUACGGCAUCAGUGUGAACUCGCGUCAUCUUGGGCUGGUGGCAGACUACCUCACCAAAACCGGUGCUUAUCGCGCCUUUAAUCGACGUACUAUGGACUUCCACCCCUCGCCUAUGCAACGCAUCACUUUUGAAACCGCCACCAAUGUGCUCAAAUCGGACCUCUCCGUACAGUACGAUGGAACGGUUCGCGACUCUGGUGGUUCGGUGAUCCAGUUUCGCUACGGUGACGAUGGCCUUGACGUCUGCCAAUCGACUUUUCUGAAGCCUGAGGGCUUCCAUUUCUUUGCAGAGAAUGCAGAACUGCUGGCAGAGCGUUGGCGUUGCCCCUUAGAUCCUGAGCUCUACCGCAAACUGACCGAGCAAAAUCCCCUCUCUCCGGAACUUGCUCGAAAGGUAGAUGAAGUGGCCGUCAAACGACUCACUAUCUUACAGACAUCGCUUAGCGCCAAGAAGUUGGCCCACUUAAAGAAGCGCAGGGAUCGUGCUCAGCGAAAACUCACCGAAACUGCAUCUUUGAGCACUCUUUCGGAACCUCCCUGUACUAUGGCGGCGGAUCUACGAACCAUUGUUCCGCCUGGAGAGCCAGUGGGUCUAUUAGCGGCCCAGUCAGUGGGUGAGCCCUCUACCCAGAUGACGCUAAAUACCUUCCACUUUGCUGGUCGUGGUGAAAUGAACGUCACUCUGGGCAUUCCUCGCCUUCGGGAGGUGCUGAUGUCCGGUUCUGCGGUUAUCGCCACACCCUGCAUGGAGGUGCCUAUUCUACCCACUUCCGGGGCCAAAUCCAGGGCUGAGCACAUUGCCCGUGAGAUGUACAGGUUGCGUCUUGCUGAGGUUAUCAAAUUGCCCCUCAGCAUGGAGGUUGACUACUCGUCGGACUCAUGUUCGCUCACUUUUAAUCUUCUGCCUCCCUCGUCAUACCAGUCGCGCACUAAUGUCGGUGCCCGUCGCAUCAUUCACUUUUUUGAGCGCGUUCUCUUCGUCGACUUGAGCAAACGCCUGACGCAAGAGCUCAAAGAUCAAUGCAAAUCAAGCGAGAUUGCAACAUUUAACCUGAAGGCGUUGGCACGUCAGCAACAGCAACAGGCAGAGGGAAUGGAUGGAGGCGACGCGAACGAUGAACGUCGGACAACAGGUCGCGAUGAGUGGGGUGAGGACGACGGAGCGGAGGCAGUGCGCAGACGUCGACUUGAAGCCGAGGACGAGACUGGAGGAGAGAGAGCCGCAGAGGGUGGUGUAAACGCAGGCUGCGAGGCAAUUGAUGAGGACGACGAUGAGGUGGCGGAGCUUCGUGAAAUCGGUGUCGAUUUGGAGGCAGCUGCAGCCGCAUCGGAGGACCAAGAGGCCGCCGGUGGUGAUGACGAGAUAGACUCAUGGCAGGAUGUUGCUGGACCCUCCACCUCCAAUGCUGCUGCCGAACCGUGCCCUGAGAGGUCCACUUCCGUUUCCAAACCAGUCACUGAGAUCGGCGGCGCAGAGGUGGUCGAAUUGGAACGCGGUGAGGAAGACGAUGAAGACCAUGGCGAAGAACUUGUGCUCGACAGAGAUGUGGUCGAGGUGACGCAGAGCUCUGCAAAGGGCAUGGACUCAAGACGAAUCAAUUUUGUAAUGAGUCUACAUCAUCGCUUCACUGACUACGCUUACGAUACUAGUGAGACUCCGUCAUGGGUGAAAUUGACCAUAUCUAUGUUUGAUCCCAAAGACGGUCGUAUCUCAAUUGAUUUACGCACUCUGGUACAACGCAUUAUCUCAAAGAGUGUGGUCUCCUUUGUUCCAAAUAUUCGAAAAGCUUUCAUUGAUAAAACUGAUCCUAAGGAGUGGAUUCUGCGUGUUGAAGGUGAAAAUAUUAAGGUGCUCUAUCGCUAUGGUGAUGUGUUCGAUCUCAGUCGACUCUACACCAACCACGUACCAGCGAUGCAAGCUCACUUUGGUAUCGAGGCGGCUCGGGCCUCUCUGCAGCGCGAAAUCUCCAGUGUGUUCAGUCACUACGGCAUCAGUGUGAACUCGCGUCAUCUUGGGCUGGUGGCAGACUACCUCACCAAAACCGGUGCUUAUCGCGCCUUUAAUCGACGUACUAUGGACUUCCACCCCUCGCCUAUGCAACGCAUCACUUUUGAAACCGCCACCAAUGUGCUCAAAUCGGUCAUUCAAGAAAAUUUGGUUGAAAACACCGUUUCGCCGUCCGCCAGCCUCACCGCUGGUCAGCUUACACGCGGUUACGGAACUACUUGCUUUGACCUCUUAUCCCAGCUGUCAAUUUAG